AUGGGUUGCUGCUCGUCCGUGCCGUCGCAUGACGACGACCAUCCUCAUGAAGACAGAGCCAUACCAGACGAUCGCACUACACAAGCAACUCGUAAUGCCAGCACCGAUACAUCAGCAACGGCACAAACCACUCGUCGCCGCGUGCGACGCGCCCCAGCCCUCCCGCUGAGCGAGCACUACAACCAACCCGUGCGCUUACACGUCUGGUAUAGUAAGCGCCGCACCUGGAAUCGCGCCGACCUAGACCGCGAGCGCCGCGAGUUCUUCGAAACUCGAGUCACCGGCCGACCCGAAGUAUGGGCCGCGCUAUCCACCGCGAUCACCCUGAUGCGUGGGGGUGAUCUCACCACGGCGCAGAGCAUAGUUGAUGCGGCGGGAGUGACUAUCCCCACUGGCGAUCUAUGUGAGGGUUGCUACGAUGAGCAGGGCGUUUUGUAUCGCCUGCCACAGUGCAUCGUUAGUGAUCCGGAGAAUAUGGUGCAGACGAAUAUGUCUGCUGCGAAUAAUCCUGCGCGAGAUAGCCAGGUCACGCAGGAGGAAGAGGAUACGGAGGCCAUGUCGGAUGGGAAACUUGCUACGGACGAUGCCUCGGGUGAUGAAUUGAUUAGGGAGGAUAUUGAGCGGAGGAGGGAUGAGAAGGGUAAGACUAGUGAACGGGACUUGAUCCGCGUUCAGGCCCGACUGAGUGAUCGUGGUGGUCCCGAUUUGGUGCUUUCCAUGGGCAAGGGCCAGAGUGUUGGAUUUCUGGCUCGCAAGAUCCAGCAGGAGGCAGGGAUUCCCAAUCACCGGCGGGUGCGCAUCGCCUACCUGGGUCGUAUGCUACAGGAGCAUGACUCGUUACUCGGUCAAGGCUGGCAGUCUGGCCAUGUUGUCAAUGCCCUAAUUGCUUCUCGUGGCCCACUCUGA